UUUGUGUGCGCGAUUCUCGAAGGUAUCACCGAAUGAAAAGUAUACUUAGCUGCAGCAGACCAAGCAAGGAGGGCAGACAACAGCGCAGAGCAUAACAGAAUGGUGACCACUCGACGAUUUUCACUUGAGCCGAGUGACAAAUUUAAAGGAAAAACCAUUGGUUACAGACACUUGCAAUGUUUGCUCAUAUCCUUGGGAUUCAGUUUGCUCUUUGCAAUGCGUGUAAAUCUCUCUGUCGCCAUUGUGGCCAUGAUGGAUAAUAAAGGCUCAAAUCCAGAUUUCCCUCAAUACAACUGGUCGCAGCAAACAAAAUCCCACAUACUCAGCAGUUUCUUCUGUGGCUACAUUCUAGUGCAAAUUCCCGCUGGCGGUUGGGCGCGCCGCUUUGGCGGUCGCCUAUUCUUACUGCUAUCCGUCACUGUCAGCAGCAUAUUUGCGCUUAUCACACCGCUCAGCGUCAGUUGGGGCGGCUGGGCUUUGAUAUGUGCAUUGCGCUUUUGUCAAGGACUUUGCCAAGGCGUUACGCUGCCGACAAUAGCAACUCUCAUGUCAAAAUGGGCACCCAUUGAGGAGCGUAGCGCUUUACAAACUUAUUGUUAUUCAGGCGCACAGUUGGGCAUCGUCGCAAUGCUAGCCACCAGCGGUGUACUCUGUUCAUCCUCUUGGGGUUGGCCGAGCACAUUCUAUCUACCCGGCUUGCUGGGUCUGAUGUGGACUGGACUGUGGUUGGUGUUCGGCGCUAGUACACCACGUGAUUGUAAACACAUUUCGGCAGCUGAGCGUGACAUGAUUGAGGAAUCGUUGGGUCAUAAUCAGAAAAAUGCCGAGUUUACUAAAACUCGCGCGGUGCCCUGGAAAGAUAUAUUUACAUCGAAACAAUUUUUAGUGCUCAUAUUUAAUCAUUGCACAAAUAAUUGGUGCUUCUGGACGCUUCUCACACAAAUGCCGUCGUAUAUUAACAGUGUCCUAGGCAAGGACAUUAAGAGCAAUGCAUUACUCUCUGCACUACCUUACAUAACUAUGUUGGCCUUAUCGAUGGCGUGUUGUCCCAUUGUCAGUUGGUUGGAAAAAUCGAAGCUGCUGAAUGCCACUGUGAGUCGCAAAAUCUUCAAUACAAUUAGUCAGUGGAUACCUGUGGUAACGUUGAUAUCUCUGGGCUACCUGCGUCCAGACCAAGGAGAUUUGGCCAUCAUUUUGCUCACCGUCACUGUUGCAAUCAACACACUGGGUCACUUUGGUUAUGCGGUGAAUCAUCUCGAUUUGGCGCCCAACUUCGCUGGCACACUGAUGGGCAUAGUCAAUUGCUCGUCGAAUGUGAUGGGCAUCAUAGCGCCAUUGGUGGUGGGUUACAUUGUCACAGAUACGACCAACAUCUAUCAGUGGCGCAUUAUCUUCACCAUUGCUGGAUGCAUGAGCUUUUCUGGCAAUUUUAUGUUUUUAAUUUUCGGCACCGCCAAGCAACAGCCAUGGAAUGAUCCACCGCGCACAGUUCAUGAAUCAGAACCGCUCAAAUCUCUGAGCUCUGACGCGGAGAAGGGGCAAGAAGACAGAGGAGAGCUGGGAAAGGGUGAUGUGAUCUUGUUGGAAUGAAGUGAACUGAGAUUGUAUAUUUAAUUUCAUUUUUGUUGAGUUUUGCUUACUUUUCGUUAAUAGUUUUAUUUUGGUAGUUUUAAGUCGAAUCGCUCAACUGUAGUUUUAGCUUAGCGCCUACAUAUAUAUUUAGCAAUAAGUGUAGGUAAAUAUGAAUUAUA